GUUUUCUGGAGUGGCUUAACCACUGGAACGGAGUCGACAAAGCACUUUGUCGUUUGCGGAACAUUCCUCUCCUUUUCCCGCGCCACUCCCACUCAUUUCCCAAACGUUGAUCCAUCUACCCACUCCCUCAUCAUCUAUCUAUCAACGCACUUUUUCACCUCGUCGCAUCACUCGGAACCAGCCGAUAUUGAAGCGCUGAUAUUGAAAUUCCUAUCGGUCUGAAUUUCACCACCCAGUCUCUCCCUGGUCUUAACGUGACCUCCUCCGGCGCAAAUCCAGCGCUGCCCGCGCAACCGGCGCACAUAACAAUCAGCGAUCUUGACCAACCACCACACUUUCUACCAUCGCACAUUCCUUCGUCUCUCAAUAUCUUUCCCACGCGAUAACCACACCUCUGCGCAAUUAUGUUGCUCCCAUCCGCUCUACCCUGCGACAUGCGCCGCCCCGCGACUCAGUCGCGCCUGGAUCCCAGCCGCCUAUUCACAACCCCCCCACCAUCCGACGAUGAAUUCCCAUCUAGCAAUGGCCUCUUGGGCACCUGUCGCGCCCUCCAAUCGCUUCUAAACAGUUCUCCCGCUCCUUCGCCACGAAGCACAAAACCAGAGCGCCUUCAAAGUCCCCUUCACAUCAGAAUCACGCCUUCCGCCCGGUCGCGGAGGCAAAAGGAUCCCAAGCCAUCACCCAAACCUUCGCGAAGCAUCAACAAACGCAAGCGCGAUCGCUCCGAGGUAAACGAUGACACCAGCGACACAGAAAGCACUACUCGUGGCAUGCGAUUCUCAACCCCGAAGCGCACUCGUCACGCCCCCUACGAGCUUCCUCUGGGUCUCUCGCAAUCAGACUUCUAUGCCCUUCACUCUCCACCAAUCUCACAGUCGCCUCCGUCGCCUGUGCAUUGUCGCCAAUUGGAACUGAGUCCCGAGCAAAGCGCGCAAUUAUUUAAUCCUGACGCAGUAUUGCCGUCUAUCGAAGAGACACAGGAAACUCCGUCAAACGAGACCUGGAACGCAGACGACGACCAGCGACUUGUCGAGUUAGUUCUUCAAAAUUUCCAGCUUUCCCAGCGAGAUCUGGAGGACUGCGCCCGACGCAUGGGCAAAGAUGAUGCUAGCGUCGGACGUCGAUGGCAGGACCUCGUGGGAGAGGGAAAUGUCGGAUUACUAGAUCGGCGAGUGGUUCGUCCUCGUUGGCUAUAGAUGCCCUUCUUCUCAUGACUCCCUCUCCCUCUCUUUUUAUCCUUCCUCCUCAUAUUUUCUUCACCUUUCUAUGAACAUCUUUGACGGAUAUCCGGUAUCAUGUAUUCUACGGGCUCACGGUUCGCUUUUCUUCAACUCCACACCGAUGUAUUACUACCCUAUCGCUUCUUCACACUUGUCUU